UUCUAAUUGUUCAUAGCUACCACUAAUGGCUACUACCUCACCUUUCUCCAUCUCAUGCAUUUCACAAACUAAAUUGCUCCACAAACAAAAUCCACACCAACCAUCCCAUUACACAAGAUCAUCGUUGUCACCACAAUUUAAACACAAAUCAUCAUCACUACUUUACAACCCUCUAAGAUACAAUGGUGUUUCACCAAUUGUUAUGAAACCCAAAAGUGGUAAUGCUGGAGUAUCCGUUAAGGCAUUGUAUAACAAGACCGUGGAGGUGUUUAACAAAGAAUACAUCUCUGUGUCUUUAGCCAAAUAUGUAGCUGAUCUAUCUGAAAAAUUCAUCAAACAGAGAGGAUUUUUCUCUAUAGCUUUAUCUGGCAACUCUGUCAAGCACCUCAAGGCCUUGGUGGAACCUCCAUAUGCUAACACAAUCCAAUGGUCUAAGUGGCAUGUAUUUUGGGCAGAUGAAAAAGUGGUGCCUAAAACUCACAUAGACAGUAACUACAAGCUUGCUUAUGACACAUUUAUUUCUAAGGUGCCAAUUGCUAUGAAUGUGAACACUAUUGAUGAUGCUCUAUCAGCUGAAGUUGCAGCUGAUGUGUAUGAGACAAACAUCAAAAUCAAAGUUGAUAGUAAUGUGAUAACUUUAUCACCAAACACUAGACUUCCAAAAUUUGAUCUCAUGUUACUGGACAUGGGAUCAGAAGGCCAAGUAGCCGGUCUGUUCCGGAAAAACCCUGUCCUAACAGAGACUAGAAAGUGGGUUACCGCUGUCAAGAAUGCACCACUGCCGUCCGAGAGAAUCACCCUUACGCUUUCAGUGAUUAAUUCUUCUGCAAACAUAGCGAUGAUAGUUACUGGAGCCAGUAAAGCAGACGCAGUCUAUGCUGCAUUAAAAGAGGAUCAAAGUGAUGAUAAGAUGCCAGUUCAGUUGCUUUCACCAGAAGGAGAAAUGAAAUGGUUUUUGGAUAAGGGUGCAGCUUCAAAGCUAUAUAAGUAGAUUAAUAAAUUUAUGUAGUAAUUAAUGUCUUUAUGUUAAUUUAUUCGUCAGCCAUUUCUUGAUGAGGAAUAAGGGGUGUGUGUGUGUUUUGUUUCGACAGGGUUGCCAUAGUUGAAAUUAUUGCAUAAGUUUCUUACAGUAAAGAGCCAGAAACCUGCUCAUUAUGUCAGAGAUUCAAUAAAGAAAUGUUUUAUUA